CCCGUGUGUGCUUCUCAUCAUGUCUUCUCCCAAGACUUUCAGAAUCAAGCAGUUUCUGGCCAAGAAACAAAAGCAAAAUCGCCCCAUUCCCCAGUGGAUUCGGAUGAAAACUGGUAACAAAAUCAGGUACAACUCCAAGAGAAGACACUGGAGGAGAAGCAAGCUGGGUCUGGAAGGAUUGCUUCAAAUGCCCACAUAUUUAUGCUCUACCAUGAACCAGUCAAGCUGAAACAUCA